UUCACUAUAUUCUUUUUGCCUGAAACGAAGGGCAAAACAUUUACUCAAAUUCAAGCGGAACUUAAUGGAAAAACUCGAUAAUUCAAUGACUUAUCAAAGCGACUUGCCAGAGAGUAGAAAAGUAUCGUGCAUUAGUGGUAAUACUGCAAAAAAUAAUGAAAAAGGUUCCAAAACUCUGCAGCUAUUUGCAGCAAUGGCUGCGAAUAUAUGUGUGAUGGCAAGUGGAAUAUCAAUGGGCUGGCAAACUCCGCUCUUGCUGAUGCUCCAAGAAGAUCCAGUGAAUGAAGACAACCCGAUAGGUCGGCCUAUCACCGAGGAAGAAGCUUCUUGGAUUGUUUCAUUGCCUUAUAUAGGCACAUGGGUCAGCUGUUUUGUUCCUGGAUAUCUAUCUGAUAGGUUUGGAAGAAGAACAGUUUUAUUGGCUAGUGUAGUUCCUUCACUGCUAAGUUGGGCGCUUGUUGGUUUAGGAACUAGUAUAGAAGUCUUGUAUGCUGCAAGAUUUAUCUCAGGUCUCAGCAUUUCUAUCUCUUUUGCAUUACUCCCGAUAUAUUGUGGUGAAAUAGCCGAACCGGAGAUUCGAGGGAUUCUCGGCUCAUUUUUUGAGAUUUUUAUUAACGCCGGUCCGGUGUUUGCUUUCAGUAUUGGUCCGUAUGUUUCUUAUACGAAUUAUUGUAUCGCUUGUGCUGCUUCACCCGCACUUUUCUUCAUUCUGUUCUUCGGAAUGCCGGAAUCGCCGUAUUACUUUGCUGCAAAAGGUCGCAAAGAAGAGUUGAUUAAAGUAUUAGAGAGGCUGAGAGGCAAAAGUAGAGAAGCUGUUGAAAAAGAAGCUGAUGAAAUUGAGAUCGCUGUCCAAGAAAGCUUCCGCAACAAAGCAACUGUGAUGGAUUUGUUUAGAAACAAAGUUAACUUCAAAGUACUGGUUCUCACCUCAAUACUAUUCAUUUUCCAACAACUGAGUGGGAUUACAGUUGUUCUUUUCUACUCAGAAAUUAUAUUUGCAAGCGCUGGAGAAUUUAGCCUGAGCACAUCCGUUCAAACGAUUCUAGUAGGAGUGUUUCAAUUUUUGGGCACUUGUUUCAACCCGCUUGUUAUCGACAGACUGGGCCGCAGAAUCUUGUUGAUUGUUUCCAGCGCCGGGUCAGCGAUAUGUCUUGGACUUCUUGGAUUGUUUUUUUACCUGAAAGACGCAGCAAAAAGUGAUGUAAGUAAUUUGGGCUGGCUGCCAAUAUUUUCCAUGCUUGCAUUUAUGGUCAGUUACAGCAUAGGAUUAGGACCCGUUUCUUGGACAAUAAUCGGCGAAAUUUAUUCUCAAGAAAUAAAAGCCAAAGCUUCAACAAUUUUUGUUUUUAUAUGCUGUGCUUUAUUGUUUACUACCAGUAAAUACUUUACAAAUGUCGCUUCAGCAUUUGGUUUAUACACAGCAUUUUGGAUCUUUGCAGUCUGCAGCUUACUUUGUAUUUUAUUUAUUAUAUUUUUUUUACCUGAAACUAAAGGAAAAUCAUUACAACAAAUUCAAGAUGAGCUCAGCGGUAAAAAGCGCUGAUAAAUUAAACAAUUAUCAAAUUUAUCACUUUUGCGGUUAGAAUUGUUUUAUAUCUUCAGUAUUUUAUCAUGAAAAUAAAGUUAGCCGA